AUAAAGACACCGCGAUCUCGAGCUCACGAAGAAUCACGAUGAAGACCAGCACCACCCCGCUCGCGUGCCCCGGCCUGACGGCGUUCGCCCUACGCCUCAUCAACGAGCUCUCCUCGACGACCGCGACCGGCAACCUCGUCUUCUCGCCGCUGUCCAUCUACACCGCGCUCGCCCUCACGUCGGCAGGCGCCCGGGGCGCGACUCUCCAGGAGCUGCUCGCCCUUCUCGGCGCCAAGUCCCGCAAGGACCUCGCCAAGAUCGUCCGCGGCCUGUCGGAGCAGGCUCUCGCCGACCGGACGCCGGGUGGCGGGCCGCGCGUCUCCUUCGCGUGCGGCGUGUGGCACGACGAGACCCGGAAGCUCAAGCCCGCCUUCCGCGACGCCGUCGCCCAGUCCUACAAGGCGGAAACCGGCGCCGUCGACUUCCGCGAAAAGCCAGGAGAAGCCGUGAAGCAGAUCAACGCCUGGGCGGCCGCGGCGACGAACAACCUCAUCGACUCGGUGCUUACCGAGAAGCAGGUUUCCCCCGAGACAGACGUCGUCGUCGCCAACGCCAUCUACUUCAAGGCCAUGUGGGCCCGUCGCUUCCGCGAGAGCAACACCAAGGACGACAAAUUCUACCGCCUCGACGGCACCACCUUGGACGUCCCCUUCAUGCGGACCGGCAAGAAGCAGGACAUCGCCUGCCACGAUGGGUUCAAGGUGCUCAAGCUCGAGUACAGGCAAGGGCACGUGUGGUCUUCGCCCCCGUCGUCCUUCUCCAUGUUCAUCUUCCUCCCGGACGAGCGCGACGGGCUCCGAGGCCUUGUCGAGAGGAUCGCAUCCAGCCCGGACUUCAUCCACACGCACCUAUCGACGAGCCUCGUCUCGGUCGGCGACUUCAAGCUGCCCAGAUUCAAGCUCACCUUUUCGGCCGAUGUGUCUGACAUUCUCCGGCGGUUGGGACACCAUGUGGCGGAAGCCGACAUGUCCAACAUGAUGGAGGAGGACGGCACCGGCAGGCCGUUGGCUCUGAGCGGUAUCGUCCACAGGGCUGUCAUCGAGGUGAACGAGGACGGUACCGAGGCGGCGGCCGUCACCGCCGGUAUAAUGUGCGGCUGCGCCGCACCACCAAAGACACCGCCAGUCGUCGUGGAUUUCGUCGCUGACCAUCCGUUUGCCUUCUUUGUAAUUGAGGAGGAGUCGGGCGCCAUCGUCUUUGCUGGGAACGUCGUUGAACCCUCUCCAUCGAUUCCCGGAGAGAAUCUUCGUCGCCGUGACUCCAUCCGUGGUCCUAUCUUCGGCUGGAGGACGGCCGAGCAUCCAUGGACUUCGGGUGCAAUCGAACAACCGCCCGGGAUUAUGAACGUCCGGCCAUUUGUGCCGCAUGAGGCUGCUUUAUGCAAUCCUAUUCUUCUGUUCGGUUGUGUCUGCCUAGUUGUGGCCUUUUUCUUGCAACUUGUACGCCUUUUGGUGAAGUAA